GCGCCUGGGUCUAUAAAGAUCACCUGGGCGGCCCAGUCCAAAAUCCGGAGGAUGCGUGGCCACCGAGUAACUGUUCUGCUCCGCGUUUGACGUGUCCAGGUCCUGUAAACAGCUGCCAUGGAAAGCAAAAGAAGACUUGUCCUGUUUGGGCUCUUGCUCAUCCUGGCCCUCCUCUGUCGUUCAAGUCACAGCCUGAGGUGCUAUGAGUGCCCUAAAAAUGUUCUACCCUGCACUGAAACUGUGACCUGUGCCAGUGAUUUAGAUGCAUGUAUGUCUGCGUCGGCUGCUGCAGGACAACACAGUUAUUUUAAAUGUUGGAAAAGAAAGGACUGCAAGUCCUCGGAAAUUUUAAAACAGCUGUCAGAAAGCAACUUGAAGUACCAUUGCUGCGAAACAGACUUGUGUAACACAAAUCUACCGUCCAGUGCACCAGUCACAUCAGGAAAGAUAUUUCUGCUAGUGGUCCCAUUGCUGGCAGCAGUUUGGAACAUGCGUCUCUGAAUCAACUGAAGGAGGGCUUCUCCAAAACUUCUACUUUUGAGUAUUUAAUGUCUCCUUUGUUGCUGUCUUCCUAAAAUUUCCUGUUUUCAACUCAGUCGGGUAGAA